CGUGACCCGGAAGUUAUCUGUAUUUCUGGUCAGAUUUGACAGUAGAAGCAGAAUAGAGUGCUUGCACCUUCUGUGUUUAAUUAACGGUAGAAAGGAGCGUCGGUAUUUCUUUAUCUAUGUGGAAGAUGUCCAGACUCCAGAGUCUGAAGGUGUUUGUGAAGCAGCGGCUAACGGCAGCUGUUGACGAGAUUUUUGGACAUUUCGAGAAAACGAUAAGCGAAUAUGAAGAAGAGCUGGAGUUUCGCCAUCGCAGACGGCUCAGCGUGGCCUUAACACCCGAAACAAAGCAAGAAUCAGUGUUUUCUGCAGAUGUCCAGCAGCUGAACAAAGAAGAGGUUCCCCCUGAGCAGCAGGACCCGGCAGAGCCCCCACCCAUUAAGGAGGAACUGUGGACUAUUCAGGGAGGAGAGCAGCUUCAGGGGCUGGAGGAGGCUGGUGUCACCAAGUUCCUAUUCACUCCCGUCCCUGUGAAGAAUGAAGAUGAUGAAGAGGAACCUCAGUCCUCACAGCUUCAUCAGAGCCAUACUGAGGAGAACAGAUACUCUGAGGGAGGAGAGGACUGUGGAGAACCAGAACCAGCCAGGAACCCAGGUCCACAUAGACUCUUACACCUAGAGACUGGUGACAAAGCUUUGAACUCUUCUGAACCUGAGACUGAGAUCAGUGAUAACGAUUGUGAGGAGAUGGGGGAACUGCAGUCAGGUUUAAACUCUCUGACAAAUAACGCCGGUUAUGUGAGUUAUGUCAAAUGUAAAGCAGCCAUAAAGUCAUUUAUCUGCUGUGAAUGUGGAAGAAAAUUUGGUCGCAAGGACAGUCUGCGGCGACACAUGAGGUAUCACACAGGAGAGAAACCAUAUAGCUGCUCAAUUUGUGGUAAAAGAUUUUCCCAGAGGCCAAACCUGCUUCGUCACAUGAGGUGUCACUCGGGAGAAAAGCCUUUCAGCUGUUCCUUUUGUGACACGAGCUUUGCCGUGCGUUGUGCUCUAGUAAACCACAUAAGAAUCCACACUGGGGAGAAACCCUUCAGAUGCUUGUAUUGUGAGAAAAGCUUUACACAAAAGGGGGGUCUAAAUAAACACAUGACAGUCCACACCGGAGAGAAGCCAUAUAGUUGCCCAGUGUGUGAUAAAAGUUUUUCUCAGAAAGCAAAUCUGACAUACCACUUCUCCGUGCACACAGGACAGAAACAGUUCAGCUGCAGUAUCUGUGACAAACGGUUCACCUGGCAGUCGCAGGUCAAAAGCCACAAGUGUGCCGGGGAGAGCAGCAGCUGAAGUUGCUUCACGUGUAAAUAGCCACUGAAGCAUCUGGGAAGCUGUGAGCAUCCUACUUCCCACCACAGACUGUUCAACUGGGCAUUUUAAUAUCAAUACUUAUGGAUGGGUUUUUUUACAAUUAUGAAAGAACUAAAUGUAUUAUGAUUGUAAGAGGCUCAUUUUUGUUGUAAAAUCAGCCCUCAGCAGAUUACUAAUACAGGGCUGUGUCAGUUUAAUAAAAUACGUGUGUGAAUAA